AUGUCUGCCGAUAUUAAAACUCUUCGCGAAACUCUAAAAACUUUAGCAGUCCGCAAUGAAGAAUCAAAAGAUGAUUUCUUUUCAAACGAUUCAUGUGAUGAUUAUCAUGUCCCUGACUCUUUCAAUCAAAUAUUUGGCUAUGCCUUUUCUGAAGAAGAUAUCAACGAAGCGAUUGAACAGCUUCGGGAUGAAAAGGCAACUCUUGACG